AUGGGGCCAAAAGCCAAGAGGGAAGCCCCUCCCAAAGUUGGAAGCAAGGCCAGAGCUCUGAAGGCCAAGAAGGCAGUGCAAAAGGCGUCCACAGACACAGGAAGAAAGCGAUCUGCACGCCACCACCUUCCCAAGACCCAAAACACUGCAGCCCAGAUGCCCUUGGAAGAGAGCCCCAGGAGGAACAGGCUCCACCGUUAUGCCGUCAAGUUCCCUCUGACAACCGAGUCAGCCCUGGAGAGAGAAGAUAACCGCACACUGUGUUCAGUGUGGACUCAAGGCCAACACGCUCAGAUUCAACAGGCCAUAAAGAAGCUCGAGGUCAGCUGCCUGAUUAGGCCCAAUGGACAGAAAAAGGCAUCUGUUUGGCUGUCUCCUGACUAG